AUGUGUGGGGGGGUGGGCGCUCUUUGUAGCCCCCACACGUCUCUCUUGAGCUGGGUAAAGAAUCAUUCAUCUGAGGCCCUCCCGCUCCAGGCCUGGAUCCACAGAACAGUGAUUCACAAGCGCACAACACGGAUCAGGAGCAGAGUGUUGUUUGCAGGUGCGGCGGAGAGACGGGAGGUCACGCCGUCAACACAAGACGCAGUGUGGGCAGAGUACGGCCGGCACAUAACAUCUAACACCAUGGGUUUAACCACGAUUACGGAUUACGGAGCCUUCACACAAGUUUACGGCUCGUUGCUGUCCUGGUUUCUGUUUGUAAAUGGAAUAAAAUUCAUUUGA